AAGGAAAAGGACUACAAGCUGAAGGAAGCCAAUCUGGAGAAUGUCAAGCAGUUGCUAGGAGCCAAUCAGUAGCAGCAAGCCAAGCAGUACCAGCAGGGAGCCAAUCAGUAGUAACAAGUGAAGCAGUGCUAGGAGGGAGCCAAGCAGUAGUAGCAAGCCAAUCACUUGUAGGAAGGUCUUACUUUGAACAACUUCAAGCUUCAACCACUGGAGCAACUUCAAAUACUGGAAAUGCAACUAAAGCCUUCUUCAUUCAUAAUCGAAGGGAAAAACUGCCAUUUAGGAAGAGUCAAUUAAAAAGCAGCCAUGUU